AUGUCUCGCCUACAUGAUAUUGGAGAAUCUAACUCCACUGCAAAUCUCUUCUUAGGCGGCUUCAGAAGGAACUGGAUGGAGAACAAUCGGCCUGGACCCAGUGCCUCGAAUCUCCCUAGUGUCUCGGCUAAAGACUCUGUCUUGAUGACCCCGAUCACUCCCAGUGAGACCCCUCAACUUUCACGUGGCCUGGCAGUAGCCCCCGACGCGCCUCCCGCGAACAUUCCGUCUCCGGCAAACACGAUUCCGUCUCCGGCGCCCAGCACCUGCCUCCCGAGUCCCGUCAAUGCCGACUGCCUCCCGUCUGACCCACGACCCGUAGAGGGAAACCAUGAGACCAUGGCGGUUCGACCCUCUCACGGCGCGCAAGGCGCUCAACAAGCUCAGCAGGCUGUCUGGAACUCUCGGGCGGGAGGUGCGCGGACACAGUCAGUCGCGCAGGCAACACACGCACAAGCAGGACAAGCAGCACAAGCAGCACAGAUAACACAGGCGACUACAGAAGUCAGGUCUGCGCCGAGAAUGCAGAUUGGACGGCUACCAGUCACACCUCCCAUUUCUGAGAAUACAUGGGCUCAAUGGAGUGUGAUGUUGGACCAGGUGGUAGCUGAUUUCCAGUCCAAUGGAGUGAUGCAGUCCGCUGAAAAUGGGGAAGCCAAUGUUGUCAAGCCCCGGAUUGACCUCAUGCGCAGUGCCAUUGAACAGCGGGACACUUUUUACGUGGUGCUGCAUCAGAUAUACUGUUUACACACAUUGGACCCAACAUCCGUCAAAGGCCAUGGAAUAGAAGUCUUGUCUUAUCUACUGGAAGACAACAACAAGAUGCACUUCUCAGCCACUUUCAGGUUUGCAAAUUUCCCCGACUCUCAAGCGCGGUUGGCGAUCCAUCCAUGGUACACAGAUAUCCUCAAGAAUAUCUCUGGGUUUCUUGAAUGUCUGACCGAGAAGUGGUUUCGGUUUUGGAAGUCGGCCAACCAUCCCCCUUUGGUGACCGAUUUGAACUACCACUUUACUCUCUCUUCGCCUACAAUGAUGUCGGUGAUGUUCUUAUGUAUCGCUCGGCAUCUGCAUGAAGAGAAAUUCGUUGAACGGCUGCAGAUAUUAUUCUCGCGUGAUUGGACGGAAAAGAACCAGUGCUGGGUCAAUCAAAGUCCCUCUGAAACUGUCCAGGCGCUUGAUCAGAGCCUCAUACGUGAAUAUUUCAAAUUCCCACGUUUAAGCCCGUCUUCUUCCCAGGCUGCCAGUCCAAAUAGACCGGCUGAAACACAUCAGAUACCGGCAGCGUCAAACUCCACCGUUACUCUAGUUUCUGGAGCCACCCGGACUUCGAGUUCAGCUAGCCCGGCUCCUGUUGAGCAUCCUGUUCCCAGCCCUCAAACGCAAAUACCUGUCCAUCCGGGAUCAGUUUCUGGGCCGCACCAUCAAUUUGGCACUAACCAUCCGGCGCAGAACGGCGAAGCUUCAAAUAUGAGACAGGUCCCUCAAAGAGCUCCGGGGCCGCCGGUUGUCUACAAUUACCCGCAGGGUCAAAGGGCAAAUGUUCAGAAUUUCCGAACACAAAGCCCACAGAGUCCUUUGGUACAAUCCCCUCAGAUGCAAGGUCCCCACAUUGUAUAUAACACAGCUCAAGUGCCGAUGUCAAUGUCAAUGUACAUACAGGCCUUGCAUCAUGGACAAAUUCACCCUUCCCAGGCAUUACAAAUGGGGUAUGGUCAGGGUCCGCAUUUUGGAACGUUUUCGUCCCCUCAAUACGCGCCAAACCCAACACACCAUACCAACUCGCCCGCUCACUCGCCUGCCGCCUACCCAUUCACUUUCACCUCAAACCAACAUCCACCCCACCUCAGAACUCAGUCACCUCUUUCAGCAUCUACUCCUACAACCCCCGUCCCUCCUCCUGGUCAGACGGUCUCUCAGCUUCCAAGGCGCCCAAGUAAUCAGCGUGCUUCUGUUUCACACCACCCUACUACACUACCUCCUCGACCGCCAAAUUUGGCUUACGCAGCUCCGGCAUCUCACCAAGUCCAUCCACCUCACCAGCCUCACCAACUUCAUUCAUCCCACCCUCCAUCGCCGGCACCAAAUUUCCUGAAUACGCCUAUGUUUCCGUCACCUGGAUACAGAGCACCAAUAACGGUGAACGGUGAUCCAAGACGACUGGGGCUACAUCUAGCGAAUCUGCGUGACCCGAUGAAGAAAAUGGUGAAACUCGGACCCGAUGGUCAACUCAUCGACACAGAGUUAUUCGCUUAUUUCGGUGCAUUCCUUGUGUUGCCGCAACACAUUGAUGUUGAUGAGCCAAGCUACACCUGGAAGUUCAAUCUCAGCAACCAUGAUCUUGGAAAGUUCCCUCAAAUCGCUGCUGCAGAGGCAAUGCGUUCUGCGGUCUGGACAUUCAAACCUCGCUGUCGCACCGUUCGAUUGCGAUGUAUCAGUCACCCCGGCAAUCCGGACUCUUUCGAUUCAGCUAUGUGGCCCACAAGUGCUACAACUUGGCCCAGCGUGUUCUACAUUACCGUGAAUGGGAAGGAACUCCAUGUCCGCCGCAAGGUUCAGCACAUGAAAGACUUGCCUCUGGACAUUACCCAACACCUGAAAGAAGGAGAGAACUCCAUUCGCAUUGAUCUGCUUCUGGCUUCUGAUGAGUGCAAGAAAAGCAAGUACUUCUUCGGCGUGGAGGUCAUGGAGGUUAGCAGCUUCGAAGAUGUGGUCACUCUGGUGCAGGCCAUUCCGGCCGCGGAAUCUCGCGCUGCUAUCCAGAAGCGUCUUGCUCCGCGAGACGAUGACGACGAUCUCGCUGUCGUCACAGACAAUCUCACCAUCGGCCUUGUUGACCCCUUCAUGGCUCGGAUAUUCAACGUUCCUGCUCGCUCUAAAAAUUGUGACCACACUGAAUGCUUUGACCGAGACACCUUCAUCGACACUCGCAAGUCUGUCCCCGGUCCAAGUCCAAUGAUUGAAGAGUGGCGAUGCCCAAUUUGCAAGGCCGACGCCCGCCCACAGCUUCUUGUCGUUGACGGCUUCCUUGCUGAGGUUCACGAAGAGCUUACUCGAACCAAUCGAUUGAACGGAGCCCAGGCUAUCCAGAUCAAGGCCGAUGGCACCUGGACUGUAAAGCUCAAAUCGGAUCAGACCUCAACCGAGACUCAAAACCGCUCUUCUGCAUCCAAGGCAUCCCUCAAGCGCAAGGCUUCCGACACAGCUAUUCCAGAGCACCCAGCUACACGCACCAAACAAGAACCAAGAAAUCAACAAUCGCCACCUGCCUCAUCUCGCAGUAAUGAGGUUAUUGAGUUGGAUUGA